AUUAGAAAGGUCGGCGUACAAGGCGGUCGUAAUACAUUCCACCGUGGUACUCGUAUGAGUGCGGAAGAGAUUGGACUUCUCCCACAUUGUGAUAUCCACCGGUCUGUUGGUUCCCUCGCGCGGAAACGUAACACUCCGAUGGAGCUCUGUAGAUCGAGGUUUCUUCUAUGUCAAGAUCGCCUGAAGGAAGAUAACGGAACCACUUUGAAACAGGAGGAAGCCACUUUAUAUUGAUCUGUUCAUAUCUUAUCAACGGUGCUUUUUUGGUUCCAUAUUAAAGUUGUACAGUAAGGAUCAGCUGUAAUGGAAAUAAUUCGCGUAUGUCUUCUGCCACGUCUGGACCGUUGUAAAAACUCUCAAGGAAGAAUGAAGUAACCGCUAUGGAGCCGGACAAUGCCCCGUACUCCAAACUCAAAACAGCUGGAGUCGGGGGGAGAGCUCUGAUACUCUGGACGGUUCUCUGUUUUACAUGUUUCUUUGGACUGACUAACGCACACCCUGAAGAUGUGGACAUCCUGCAGCAGCUGGGGCUUUCAGGGACCAGGUCCUCAGGGGCCCGCUCAUCGCCCCAGGGAGUCAUCCCCUUCAAGUCAGGGGUCAUCCUCACCCAGCGGGCCCGGGUCCAGGCCCCAUUGUCCUUGGUCCUCCCCUCGGCCUCCUACCCCACCACCAACCUCUCUCUGAUCCUCAGCCUGUGCUCCCACCGCAUCAACAGCGCCUUCCUCUUCACUGUCUUGUCCAAGAGGAAGAGACUGCAGCUGGGGGUCCAGUUCAUCCCGGGGAAGGUCCUGGUUUACGUGGGCCAGAAGGACUCGGUCAGUUUCGACUAUGACGUUCACAACGGCCAGUGGCACAGCCUGGCCCUGGACAUCCAAGGGCAGCGGGUGUCGUUGUACUCCACUUGUGGGAAGCCUGGCGUGCAUGCCGAUCUGCACUCCAGGAAAGAGGAGGCCCUGGACCCGGAGGGCUCUUUUCUGUUGGGCAAGAUGGCCCAGGAUUCGGUGCAGUUCGAGGGCGCCAUUUGCCAGUUUGACAUUUACCCCUCUGCCAAGGCAGCUCAUAACUAUUGUAAGUACAUUAAGAAACAGUGCAGAGAGGCGGACACUUAUAGGCCUAUCAAUCUCCCACCCCUGCUACCUCUGAUCCCUUACGAGCCCAAUCUUACCGUCACUCCCCGCACCUCUCUGUCCCCGACCGAGUUAACGAAGAAAACCCAGGCUCCUAGAGUUCUCUCCACCGUGGGCGGAACCAGGACUAAGGUUGUCGUCACGAGUAACCGCUCCACGGUGGCCCCUACCCUCUCGGUACGCGGGGGUCCAGUCACCCCGAAGCGUGGAACUACGUCCCUCCCGGCGACCGUCGCCUCGAGCGUGCCCCGGUCGGGAUUAGAGCACCCCUUAGUGGCCACGGCCCAAACUGUCACUGCGUCGCUCAGGACAGGCAGAGUACAAACAUCCCCGAAGCCAACGUCCCGUGGUGACAGCGGUGCUAAAAAGAGCAUGGCUGUGGAACAUGGUGUUAAAACCCAGAAGCCCACAGGGAGAAGUUUGGCUUCGGCACCUCAUUUCACCACCGCAAGGCCACCGAAGAAGAAGUCAGUUCUCCAAACCACGUCGGCACCAAAACAGACCCCGUUGUCUCCUUCUUUAUUCUCGAACAGCACUACUCUCUCAAUCCAGAGGAGGCAGGUGAACGUGCUGCCCACACAGAAACCUAAACCCAGAGUGAUCAGUGUGGCGGCCGUCAAACCCACCUCGUUUAUCCCUGUCACUUCGCCUGCCACAGAUAGUUUCCAAACCUGGGAUCUGGAACCAACCCAGUUCUCACUUCUGGCUGAGCCUGGACCACCUGGACUAAAGGGAGAACCAGGACCUGUGGGACUUCAAGGACCUCCCGGGAAGCCAGGAACUCCAGGAAAGCGGGGUCCACGGGGUCCUCCUGGUCCCCACGGAAACCCUGGUCGCCCCGGACCCACUGGACUCAAGGGACGGAAAGGAGACCCUGGACUAUCACCUGGCCGAGCACCAAAAGGAGAGAAAGGUGACCCUGGUGUUUCUGGACCCCCUGGGCUAACGGGUCAAGUUGGCAGAAAGGGACAGAAAGGCCAUCCAGGUCCCUCCGGUCAACCGGGAGAGUCUGGCGAGCGAGGUGUAGACGGAAGCCCGGGGGCCAAAGGUUAUCCUGGCAGGCAGGGUUUACCUGGACCUGUCGGUAUGAUGGGGCCUAAAGGAGUCCGGGGUUUCAUAGGAAUCCCUGGUCUUUUUGGCCUUCCUGGACCUGAUGGGGAGAGAGGAAUUCCUGGUGUUCAUGGGACGAAGGGCAAGAUGGGUAGGCCGGGGUUUCCCGGGGACUUCGGGGAGAGGGGACCACCAGGACCAGAUGGAAACCCAGGUGAACUGGGAGCCCCUGGUCCUAACGGAGUCCCUGGCCUCAUUGGAGACAUGGGUCCGGUUGGGAUAAUAGGUUUGCCAGGACCGGUUGGACUCAAGGGGGUAACAGGAAACCCGGGAGAACCAGGACUGAAAGGUGAUAAGGGUGAAGUUGGUCUUCCGGGAGAGCCAGGCGAGAAUGGUUUCCAAGGUGACAAGGGUGUUCAGGGUUUGCCGGGGAUUCCAGGCCUCCGUGGAAAAGCAGGGAAACAGGGGGUGGCUGGUGACCGUGGUCCUGAUGGUAUACCUGGUCCUCCAGGCCAAGAGGGUUUCCCAGGAGACAUCGGCGCACCAGGUCACAAUGGCCCCGAAGGCCCAAAGGGGAAGCCAGGGAAUAGAGGUUUGCCUGGGCCAAGAGGAACUGCUGGACUAGAGGGUGAUGAAGGGCCAUUGGGACCACCUGGGCCAACAGGACCAGAGGGCAGACCUGGAAGGCAGGGAUUCCCAGGGAAAACAGGUCCUGAAGGAUUGAAGGGCGAGAUGGGAAUAACAGGGGAGGUCGGAAAACCUGGCGAGAGGGGGCUUAUGGGUUUCAUCGGGCCUGUCGGGGAGACUGGCCUCUCAGGAGAAAAGGGGGACCGUGGCGAGAUGGGCUUCCCUGGACCGCCAGGGGAAAAGGGGGCGAUGGGUCAUCCUGGAACACCUGGAGAGGGCGGCCCCUCUGGACCUCCAGGGAUACCAGGCCCAGCUGGAUCGAGGGGUCUCGGUGGGAUCAGAGGACCCAAAGGCCGGAGGGGUCCGAGGGGUCCUGAUGGUCCAGCUGGAGAGAAGGGGUCAGUGGGAGGAAAGGGUCCUUAUGGUCCACCAGGAAAACCAGGCUUCCCAGGAGAGAUGGGAAAGAUUGGGGAGCCUGGAGAAGCGGGGCCUAAAGGAUUUCCAGGUCGCCAGGGACCCUCAGGAUCUCCGGGUGCCAAAGGAAUAGCAGGAGAGCCAGGACCUUCUGGCCCAGCAGGAACAAUGGGCCCACUGGGGGAGAUGGGACUCAAGGGCCCUCCUGGAAAGGUUGGAGAACCGGGGUUGCCAGGAGAACCAGGAGAGAAGGGUGCUUUUGGACCACCGGGAAGCACAGGCGAGCAAGGCCUCAUCGGACAGAGGGGAGAGAUAGGGAACGAUGGGGAGGCUGGACAGAGCGGACCCGACGGUACCAAGGGCGAGAAGGGUGACAUGGGGCCUGAAGGGGGUAAAGGAGAGCGGGGUGAGAUCGGACUCAAAGGAAAGGAGGGGUCUCCCGGACCUCCUGGCUUAGUGGGUGUCAGAGGUCAGGAAGGAAAACCUGGCAAGUUUGGUGAACGAGGAAAACCAGGGGAGAAGGGCAGCAAGGGUCAUAUGGGUCACCUGGGGGAGACUGGGCCAAUCGGGGAACAAGGAGAGGCGGGAUCCGUCGGGCCGAAGGGGUCAAGGGGAACUGUUGGACCAGUGGGCGCUCCGGGCAGAAUGGGCCAACAAGGUGAACCAGGCAUUACCGGUUACGAGGGCCACACAGGACGACAGGGCCCGCUGGGACCUCCUGGACCAAAAGGUGAAAAGGGCGAGCAAGGGGAAGACAGCAAGGUGGAAGGCCCGGCUGGUCCACAAGGUGACAGAGGUCCUACCGGAGACAGAGGGGAUCGAGGAGAACCAGGGGACCCGGGAUACCAAGGUCAGCAAGGAUUUGACGGAGAAAGGGGCAAGGCCGGAGCAACUGGACUGCCUGGACAUCCUGGACCCAGGGGAACACAGGGGCCGAAAGGAUCCAAAGGUGAUCAAGGUCAGAAAGGCAAACAGGGGAAGCGAGGCGAAUCUGGGACCAAAGGACCACCGGGUCCAGAGGGCCCUCCUGGCCCAAAAGGAGUUAUAGGCAGAGAAGGCCUCGAGGGUCAGCCCGGAGCGGACGGCCCUCCCGGAAAAGACGGAGACAAAGGAGUGCAGGGAGAGCAAGGGGACGAUGGAGAUUUUGGGGUGUUCGGCAAAUCCGGUAACCGCGGGAAAACGGGUGUGCCGGGGCUUCCGGGUGAUCAAGGUUCCAUCGGACCAAAGGGUGAGAGGGGUCUUCCGGGCCAAACUGGACCUCCGGGGAAAAGAGGCCACAUUGGUGGAAUGGGGUUGCCAGGGAAACAGGGUGAACAGGGGUCCAAAGGACAGCCCGGUGACACUGGUGAAUCGGGGUUCCCAGGCGUCUUUGGAAUGUUCGGACCAAAGGGACCUCCAGGAGAUCUGGGUCCAGCUGGAAUACAGGGUCCAAAAGGGCCACAUGGCCUGAUGGGUAAUGUUGGUUCCAUAGGCCCAGUCGGUAUCAUCGGCCCCAGUGGUAAUCCUGGACCACAAGGUGACAAAGGAAGUCGAGGGGAGACGGGGGUACAAGGACCGAGGGGUCCUCCUGGUCCUCGGGGACCCCCUGGGCCCCCAGGACUCCCUGGUUCGCUGACAUUAAGAAAGGAUGCUAUUGGAGCUGCUUUCCAAGUCAUUAUUGACUCCCAUGCUUCGCUGAGGUCAGAGAGUUACCAUGAUAUGGACCUGCCCAUGUUGGACCACCAGGGCACAGAGAUCUUCAAGACGCUCCACUACCUCAGCACGCUGAUCCAAAGCCUGAAGAACCCGCUAGGCACCCAUGACAACCCUGCGCGCGUCUGCCGAGACCUCAAGGACUGUGAACAGAGGAUGAACGAUGGCACUUACUGGAUCGACCCGAACCUUGGCUGCUCGGCUGACACCAUCGAGGUGACGUGCAACUUCACCAGCGGCGGACAGACGUGUCUGAAACCAAUCACCGUAUCUAAGCUGGAGAUGGGGGUAGGUCGCAUCCAAAUGAACUUCCUCCAUCUUCUGAGCUCCGAGGCAGUGCAACACGUCACCAUCCACUGCCUGAACGUCCCUGUGUGGGCCAACAGCUCCUCCCUGGAGCCCUCGCCCACAGCCGUCCGCUUCAAGGCCUGGAGCGGGGACAUGAUCCAGGCCGGGGGACACUUGGAGCCCCUGGUGGAGAAAGAUGACUGCUGGAUCAAAGAUGGCCGCUGGCACCAGACCCAUUUUGUCUUCCAGAGCCAGGACCCCAAUUUACUUCCAGUUGUGGACGUGUACAGCCUACCGGCCACGGAGCUCGGCUCGCACUACCACCUUGAAGUGGGUCCAGUGUGCUUCUUAUAGAGGCCUGUUGGCAUAUGAGCCCAGAACACAGUGAACACAGCCUCCUCAUAGGAGUGACUUAUGGGGGAAUGGGGGAGGUCAGGAGGGACUCCCAGUCCCCACAUCCUGGGGCCCACGAGGAGAGGCAGGCCAGGCCUUUAACCCUCCAGCAUAUGCUCGGACUGCAGAAACAGAAAGUGGGCGCCAUUGAGGGACAGACCCAGAAGAAAUGGCAGAGAUACCGGGACGUGACGCACUAUUGUUCCUACCGCCUGCCCGGGGAGAGGAUAUUAUCGGGCUUCGUUCAGGGACUUGAUUCACUGUCGCGUACCACAAGACCUGAGAGCCCGAUCGAGAGGAAAUAUUAUGAUGGUCUCUCUUCAGACAUAUUCACACUUUGGACAACUUUUAUUUUAUUUUUUUAACUUAUUCACUUCCACGGUUUGAUACCAAAUUUUCACAGACUUUGAACUCAACAUGUAAUGCAAGGCGUGUGAAUUCACACAGAACGAUUAUAAAUGUAUUUUUGCAUAUUAUGCAACUUUUGUCAUACAUACACAUAUAUUAUUUUUAUACAUGUUUUAUGUAUAUCUUAAUAUAAAAGUGCAAUAGACAUAUCACAGUCUUUAGUUUUUCAGAGAAAUUCAGGUUUACUUUGGUAUAAUGUUCAUCAUGACAUUCAGGUGAGGUUUCAUAGUUCUACAUCCACAGCAUCUGUGUGCUGUCCAUUAACGUCUCCUGCCUAUUGUAUGAUGAUAACUUAUCGAUAUACUGGUGAUUAGAAGCUGAAGAAAUACCCACCAGUCUAUAAAUAUCUCUCCCUUUCACACGCGGACAUUUCGGACGUGUUAUCAUAGCCAAGUCAAUUGAAGCACGCGGUGAGAAGAGAGCAGAUCUAAAUGAGUGUAAGUCUGUCUACCUCCCAUCUCUCAACCAGUUUUGGUGCUUUCAACUACAAGAGGAACAGAGAUGUCGAUAUCUGGUGCUAAAUGAUCCUCCUGUGGCGAGUUAGGAUGCCAUCUUGUUUAAUUUUGACAAUAUAUCUACAUGCCUUUUAUACUUCAAAGGGAAUAUUUUUUUAUACUGUAUGAAUGCAAAUAAGCCGAUCAAAUUCACUUUUCGCGCAAGCAAAACAGCGUUCUAUCCCCUGCAGCGUUACUUCUAUCCCCUUAUUUGUACGAGUCCGAAGCUAUUAUCGAAGAUUUAGGUGUUGUUUUUAUGACUUGUCGAAAAUGUAUAAAUGUGUAUAAUUAUGCAAAGCUUUGUUGUAUACAGUGGAUCCCAACAUGCUAAUUUAUGUUAUUUAAUGUCAAUGGGUUUCGCGACUUUCUGUAAACCUUUUAAGCGAGAAAUCUAUCACUUUGUCGUCAGCAGAGCUUUAUAUUUUGUAUAAAUUCGGGCUUUGGCUUCUGUUUUAUAUUUCUUAGUUUUUUGUUUAAUAAUCAACUGUGCUGUACUGUAUUUGGACCAAUGCUUUUAAACCUGACUGUUUUACAUCUUAUGGUUAAUCAUAUUCAUGAUACUCCACAGGCCAACAAAUCAAACUCAGAAUACCUCUUAUAGAACACAAUUCAAAGAGCCAUAUGUUUGCGUUUCGUUCAUUAUUAUAACCAUAACACAUCUAUUGAGGGCAACAGCUGUUCCUGGCAUUUUAGGGGAGGGGUUAGAUGUUAUUAGUGGUUAUCAUGUUCAUUUAUUCAUCUUCGCAGGUCCUGUGUCUGUCAGCUUGAUAAUAUUGCAGCUUCUAGAGUCCAACCCUUUUAUGUUUCUUCAACAUUAUGAUGUUGAAUAAAUAAUUGAAACCCAAGUAGAUCUGUGUGUUUUAAUUAUGUCAAACUCCUUAAGCAGAGGGAUAUUUAAUAAAAGCAAAAGAAAAGUAAAAAAAUACAAUAGAAAUACUGAAUGUAUUAUUCAUUAUUAUUGAGUAAAAUGUUUUCUAUUAUGAAACGUUGUCCCAUCAUUAUGCACCUCACACCAUCACCACAAGAGGGCCCUUAUAUCCCCAAGUUGAAAGCUAAAUUGAAUCAUGUGCGUGACUGGAGCUAAAACAAAAACGUUGUGUUGUCAAUUUUUAUUUUAUUUUUUAUAGCAGAAGACCAUUCUGUAAACAUUCUGUCUGCCUAAACUCGAUAAAUAAAAGAUGAUCCAACCCGA